AUGGCUUCUGAGAAGGUUGAGACUGUUGUUGCAGGGAACUACCUAGAAAUGGAGAGGGAAGAGGAAGGGUCUAAGUCUACAACUGGCAAACUAUCUAGGCUAUUUUGGCAUGGUGGCUCUGUGUAUGAUGCAUGGUUUAGCUGUGCUUCUAAUCAGGUUGCACAAGUGCUACUGACACUACCAUAUUCCUUUUCACAACUGGGGAUGUUAUCUGGUAUCAUAUUUCAGCUUUUUUAUGGACUGAUGGGAAGCUGGACUGCUUACCUUAUCAGUGUCCUUUAUGUUGAGUACAGAACCAGGAAGGAGAGAGAAAAAGUUGAUUUUAGAAACCAUGUUAUUCAGUGGUUUGAAGUGCUUGAUGGACUUUUGGGCAAACACUGGAGGAAUCUUGGUCUUUUUUUCAACUGUACUUUCCUGCUGUUUGGAUCAGUAAUUCAACUAAUUGCUUGUGCAAGUAACAUAUACUACAUAAAUGACAAUUUGGACAAGAGAACUUGGACUUACAUCUUUGGCGCAUGCUGUGCAACAACGGUGUUUAUCCCUUCUUUCCACAAUUACAGAAUCUGGUCAUUCUUAGGCCUCAUGAUGACCACUUAUACUGCAUGGUAUAUGACCGUAGCUUCCCUUACCAACGGCCAGGUCGAGGGGGUGACGCACUCAGGGCCAACCAAAUUGGUUCUCUACUUCACUGGAGCGACCAACAUUCUCUAUACUUUCGGUGGACAUGCUGUUACAGUGGAAAUUAUGCAUGCAAUGUGGAAGCCACAGAAGUUCAAGAUGAUAUAUCUGAUCGCAACCCUAUAUGUGCUGACCCUAACUUUGCCAUCAGCAGCUGCAGUUUAUUGGGCAUUUGGGGAUCAGCUUCUUACCCAUUCUAAUGCCCUUUCAUUGCUUCCAAAGACAGGCUUCAGAGACACCGCUGUCAUUCUCAUGCUCAUUCAUCAGUUCAUUACUUUUGGAUUUGCUUGCACUCCUUUAUACUUCGUGUGGGAGAAAUUCAUUGGGGUGCAUGAGACCAAGAGUUUGUUAAAAAGGGCGUUGGCUAGACUUCCUGUUGUGAUUCCAAUAUGGUUCCUGGCAAUCAUAUUCCCUUUCUUUGGUCCCAUUAACUCAACUGUUGGAUCUCUUCUUGUCAGCUUCACUGUUUACAUAAUUCCUGCCUUGGCUCACAUGGUGACCUUUGCUUCAGCACCGGCUAGGGAGAAUGCUGUGGAGAGACCACCAUCAAGGUUAGGAGGUUGGGUAGGAUUGUACUCCAUGAACGUGUUUGUGGUGGUAUGGGUUUUGGUGGUAGGAUUUGGGUUGGGAGGAUGGGCAAGCAUGAUUAAUUUCAUCCGCCAAAUUGACACGUUUGGGCUAUUUGCUAAGUGCUAUCAGUGUCCUCCUCACAAGGCUUAA